AUGAACUUAAAUGGAAGAUAUUAUGAUGAAAAAAUAAUAAAUGCCUUAAAGAUUUGGUCAAAAUGCCUCCCAAGUAAGACAGAUAGUGUAAUAAAAGAAUUAUGCAAUAUAUAUUCAAAGUCAUCUAGAGAAAUAUUGCAGAGAGUCGAAACCCCUUUAAAGCUAAUUUUAGAUCUAGAAACCAAUAUGUAUUAUUUAGGGUGCAAUUCAAACAGGAUAGAGAAUUACUUUAGAUCCCCAUAUACAAAUAAAUUUUACCUUGAUCCCAAUUCUGAAGAAGAAUAUGAUUCCGAGAAGGCCAAAAGUUUUAAAGAGAUAGCGAAUAGUGAUUUGAGCCAUUUAAAAAUGUUAGAGACAGAAUUUCAAAAAGCUUAUGAGAGUUAUUGCCAAAAUUAUACAUAUAUGAAUAGUGGCUUAGAAGAUGAUAUAUCUGAUCACGGAGUUUUAUUGAGUAAUGUUUAUUGCUAUGACAUUGAGGGGGAUUCUUUUGGAACUUGCUUUGUAAUGAAACACCUAAUUAACCCAUUUAACUUCUCAACAGACGAUAGUUCCAACGAGAAAUUUAAUUAUGAUUACACUGAAAUGGUUUACUUUUUGGAUAUUAUACAUAAUGUAGAAACUGUGUUAUCUCACUCUUCAGGAAUCUCAACAUAUAAAGUUGGCUCAACCUAUUAUUUUGGAUUUAAAAACAAACAAAACGAAUCUUUAGCUUCUGAAAGUGAAGAAAAUAACAAUGGUGAACAAAUUUUAUUUGACGGUUGCAAAACAAACUGGAUUGAAAAAAAAUUUGAAUUUAAUACCACCAAAUUCUUAAAAGGCUUCUUAAGGUCAAAUACCAAAUCCAAUAUUAGUAGUGAAACUAAUAAUGAAAAUAAUCUGCAAAAUGUUGCCAUUGACAGAAACUCAAUAACUAUUAUUAAUAACCAAACUAUUUAUUACCACAUUUCAAAUAUUGGGAAACUUAUUGAAUCUAUAGAUAAUAAUGUAAUGAGGCAAAUCCAACAUGUAAUGAUCGACAAUCUUUCGAAUAUAUCCAACAAUUUACAUGAUUAA